UAUAAAUGUAUCAAUACCUCCGGGCUCAUUGACUGCAGUUGUGGGCACAGUGGGAGCUGGCAAGUCAUCCCUUUUGUCGGCCAUGUUGGGGGAGAUGGAGAAGCUGGAAGGCAGGGUAACUCUCAAGAAUACAAUUGCCUAUGUUCCACAAGAAGCUUGGAUCCAAAAUGCAACUCUGAGAGACAACAUUACAUUUGGAAAAGCUUUCUCCAACAGCCAGUACAGCAGAGUUAUCCAAGCUUGUGCUCUUCAGCCCGACAUUGAGAUUCUGCCAGCCCAAGAUGUCACUGAAAUCGGGGAAAAGGGUAUUAACCUCUCAGGAGGUCAGAAGCAGCGUGUGUCUUUAGCUCGAGCUGUUUAUAGUGGAGCUGACACAUAUUUUCUGGAUGACCCUCUGAGUGCUGUUGAUUCACAUGUUGGCAAGCACAUCUUCACUGAAGUUUUGGGUAGUAAGGGGCUCCUCAAGAAUAAGGUUAGUUUAUAA